AUGAAGACACACUGCCUGCUCCAAUAUGUUGCGGUUUUGUAUUUCGUACUGACGUGUCUCAACCGAACCCGCGUGCGGGGCGCCCAGAACAACCGAGCCGGCCUGGCCGGCCUGAAUGACAACGUCCUGGUGGCCUUCCUCCUGCUUGUUCAGCUUGAAGUCCCACAUUUCCUGGGGCCUUUUUCAAAAAAGGAAAAAUAUGAAAAAGUGAUUGAUGGAGCUAUAUAUCUUUUCACCAAAGAGGUGGACACAGAAAAACGGGCGGAGGAACAAAGGGGGUACACCGUCCAGGAUGUCCGCCAUGUCAUCACGGGGCUGAACAGCCUCCUGAAUGACAUAAAAAGCGGGAGCGAAAGAUACUUCACGUGGAUGGAAUUAAUCACCAAUGAAUGUUGGAGGGAGGAAGAUGGUUGCAGAGGGCUCAUCACGCAGAGCUGUGCCCUGUCUGUACUGAAUGGUCUCCCAAAAAAGACUCUCCCAGUAACAUGCAGGAGUUGCCUUAUGUAUGCCUUAAACUACGCACUACACACGAAACAUUUAUUUACAAACAUGCUACAAAUACAAAAUUGCAAUGAACAAAGUAAUCUGCAAUUGAUAAAUCUUACGAAAGAUGUAGGGUUCGUGAGAGAACAUCGAAUAUACCUGAACAACUUGGAAACCAUUUCUGCUGGAAAGAAUGUCAGAAGCCAUGUUAUUAUUUUCCACAUAAAAAAUGCCACAAAAUUGGUACACAUUUUAACAACCCAUGGACAGGAAAAAUUCACACAUGUAAUGAAUGACGCUGUGCUAGAGGUGAUUAAAAAAUCCAUACAAAAGUAUAAGACGUAUUUAGAACAUAAUAGCUUCUUCAUUCGAAAUGGAGAAAGUGAAAUAAAAUUGGAGUUGGAAAAUUUGAUCUCCGUUACAAUCAAUGGUUAUUUGUACCUAGACAAUACAAAUGGUGAAAUUUUCCGCGUGAGAGAUUUUGGUUUGUUUUUUACAGAAGAUUCUUUGGACCAAUUCAUUUCGAUGUUAACAGGGAGCAACUUAUUUCUGCAGGUGGAGAUGGGGACCCCGGCGGGAGGAGAGGUACCCCAGAAUGGUCAUCCCUUUCCCAUUGAAAAUUUGCUCAACCUGAUAGAAUUCGAGCUUGUCCUCAACUCCUACUUGCACCUUGGCGACAACUACUUCUCCAAGGCAGUGAUGCUCAUGAAAAAGGUCUUUUACGCAGAGGGAAAAAAUGCAAACGAUGUGUUGAUCUAUGCGGCGGAUGCAACGGACGUGCCGGAUGGGCAGAAUGAGGAGGAUGGGAAGAAUGAGGGCGUGGUGAAGAACUUCCUGGCCAUCGCUAAGGGCGGCAAGUUUCCCAGAACCCCGCCAAGUGGUCACUUAAGAGGUGUCCCACAAGAAGGUCACUUGAGACGUGUCCCAUGGAGGAACCACCUCAGUGCUGCACCCCCGAAUGAACACAGAAAACAAAUCGAAGAAUUCAAAAGGACACAACUGGAGCUGAUGGACGACCAAACUAUCUUCUUCAUCAUGCUGGUGAAAAUCCUACCCGAAAAUAAAUACCCACUCAUGAAGAACGUCAUCGUCGACCUGCUAACCAAGCCAGUCUACUCAAAUUCACUAACAGGAUUUUCGUAUAAUGAUGGAAAAAAGAUUAACAAGGAACUAAUCGAAGUCCUGGGGGAGUCCUAUCAUGACCCAAUAAAUAACCUUAAAAGGAGGACGAAGCAUUUUGGUUCCAGAAUUAACAAAAGGGAAAUACAGGCCAUUGAAAAAUUAAUACACCAGGGAUAUAAACUAACCCAAAUAGCUUUUCACAAUUAUAGCUCCAUGCCACUAAAUAGUAGAAAGAAUAUUUAUUCAGCGGUUAAGAUGUUCUCCCUCUUUGAGCAUAGGGUGCAUUACCUGACUGGUUGGGAUGCACACAUUUUAUUUUCCAAAAGGAUGUACCCUGAAGAUAUGGUGGAGAAAAAUUACAACGUGUACGCCUAUGCGCAAAGUGCUGGCAACCAUUGGUUCAUUAUAUGUUGCACGGUCAUCCCUCUCUUGCUGAUUAUUUUAUCAUUCCUUUUGUACAAGUACUUCUUUCACGAUAAGCUGAAAUUCUCCUUCCUCUUCAGAAAUAGAAAGUACAAAAAACGAAAUCAUGGCUCGUCGGGCGGCGCGCUCAAAUACUAUAGGCACCUCUCUGGGGGCGUCAAUUUGUCCAGCGCGCGCCGACAGCACCAGGACAGGGCGGAGCUCCAGCACUUGCUGCGCACGAGGAACCGCAGAGCGGACAUGAAAGCAAAGCUCAGGGGGGAAAAUGGCGCAAAAAAUGCGACUAAAAAUGGGGCAAGAAAUAGCAAAAAAAAUGGUUCAAGUAGUAGUCCAAAAAUGGACGCAAAAGUGGACAGGACAGGCAGGCCCCACAGGAUCAGCGUCGCAGGCCAUGGCAACGAAGCCGAUGCCCCGCACGCAGGAGCAACGAAGAAGCGGGAAACGAAGACCAGUGACUUUUUCAUGGAGGAAAUUCAGCCCAACUAUGAUUUCGAAUAG